GCGACUGUGCGAGUGGUCAGUAAAGUGGUAAAGUGGAAAUUGUGAAAUGGCAGGCGCUGGACAAGGCCCAGCAGUGGGCAAACUGGAGUCCCAGAUAUACUGCAUCAAGUACACCUUAUUCUGUUUCAACGUUGUGUUGUGGCUCUUCGGCGUAUCAAUCUUCGCUCUCUGCCUGUGGAUAUGUUUCGAGCCGGGCUUCAACGAGUGGAUGCGUAUCUUGGAGCUGCAGAAGUACUUCAUCGGCAUCUACAUCAUCCUGAUUGCGUCCCUGGCCAUAAUGACCAUCGCUUUCCUCGGCUGCGGCUCGGCUUUGAUGGAAAACAUUAAACUUUUAUACGCGUACAUAGCAACACAGAUGGGCUCGUUCGUGUUCGGGCUGGUCGGUGCUUGCGUUGUCCUGGACUUUUCCACUUACGACUCCAGCAUACAACCCCUGAUCAAGGAGGUGAUACUGCGGCUGGUGAACAACCCACAACACGAAGGCAGCCGGGAUAUACUCAGAAUGGUACAAGAAGGAAUCGGCUGCUGCGGCGCGGACGGACCGAUGGACUACAUCAACCUGAACAAGCCCCUGCCGUCGGAGUGCCGCGACUCAGUCACCGGGAACGCCUACUUCCAGGGCUGUGUUGACGAGAUGACUUGGUAUCUGGAGAGCAAGACCGCCUGGCUGGCCGGCAUCGUGCUCGCCUCUUGUAUGAUUUGUGUUAUCAAUGCUGUUAUGUCUCUAGUAUUAAUUCAAGCAGUUAAGAAAGAAGAAGAAGAAUCAGUGGCGUACAAAAACUAGAAUAAGUUAGAGAUAUUUUGAUUUCACUUCAUAGUUAAAUCUAUUUUAUAGUUUGAAAAUUUAAAUGUAUUUCUAGGUAUACAUAUAAUCCACCGUGGUAUUUAA